AUGCACAUGUCACUCUCUCAAGAAAGUGUGCUGGCCUUGUGCCACUUCUUAUGUCAUGCCGGCAGUGGUCAUGGAUCCAGCAGCGAAGGCGAUGCCUUUCAACUUGCAGGGGAAAUUUUAGUGGCCUUGGCUGCCCGGCAGCACCUGGACAUUGUCCGCAGCGAGUUGAUGAAGGUCUUGUCAAGCUUGGUGACGGACAUCGAAAAGGUGAAGACCCUCACAGAGGUCUUCCGCGAGGCAAAGAUCUCCGAGGUGAAGCUGGACGCCUUCGAGGAGGCCCGGGUAGAGAUGCUUUGGACUGCCCUUGACAAGAGCCUCGAACGGCUGGACGAUGCUGAAGUCAGUGCGACGCCAGCGCAGAAGCUUUUGUCAUCAACACCAAGUCAGGAUGCCACUCAGUCGUCUCCUCCGAAACCCUUCUUGAAUCGCUUGCUGCCACUGAUCGAAGCAUUCUUCGUCUUGCACGGCCGGGCAGAGGAGGGCGACGCCCGGAGCGAGGCGCAACCGGCUCGUAUGACCGGCGCACGGCAGUCUUGUCAGAAGCAACUGCUACAGCUCCAAAGCACUAACCUCCAUCAGCUUAGGCCGAAGCAUGUCUUCGCGGAGUUUCAUGAGCAGUCUGCGGCGGAAAAGAGCCGCUUUGGCCAGUUCUGCAAGAAGCACCGCCGCCCGUUGAACGCGCUGCUAAAGCAGACCCCAUCUUUGCUGUCCAAGUCCUUUCAGCCGGUGCUCCAACUGAUGCCCAGCUGUUUAGAUUUCGACAACAAGCGAGCCUAUUUCAGGCGGGGCCAACCGUCUCGACGCCUUGAAAGCAGAUAUCAAACGAUCCGCUUGAGAGUUCGGCGCAACGAAAUUUUCAUGGAUUCCUAUCACCAGCUCCGCGUUCGGACCGGUGACGAGAUGCGGGCCAAGAUUCAGGUCCAAUUUCAAGGCGAGGAAGGAAUUGAUGCUGGAGGGGUGGCCAAGGAAUGGUAUGGAGCGCUUGCGAAGGAAAUUUUUAAUCCGAACUACGCGCUUUUUGUUCAGGCAGGUGGCAAGGCUUGCACAUACCAUCCGAAUCCAAUGUCGUAUGUCAAUAGAGACCAUUUGCAGUUCUUCCACUUUAUUGGAAGGGUGGUUGGCAAGGCGAUUCACGACGGACAAAACCUAGAGGCUUGGUUCACAAGAGGCUUCUACAAGCACAUGCUUGGGAAGAAGGUCAUACCCGCUGACUUGGAAGCCUUCGAUCCAGAAUAUUUCUCCAACCUCAAAUGGGACCUCGCCCAGGACAUCAGUGAGAUCAUUGAGCUGAGCUUUUCGGCCGAGAGCGACGAGCUGGGUCAAGUGAAGGUAGUCGACUUGAAGCCCAAUGGACGACAUCUCCCAGUCACCAACGAGAACAAGCAUGAGUACAUUCAGCUGGUCUCGGAGCACAAAAUGACAAACUCGGUGCAGCAGCAGAUUGAGCACUUUCUGAAAGGAUUGCAUGAGAUCGUGCCGCCCCAAUUGCUUUCCUUGUUUGAUGACAAGGAGUUGGAGCUACUGAUCUCUGGCUUGCCAGAUAUCGAUAUUGAGGACUUGAAGCAGAAUACCGAGUACCACAACUACACACCGCAGUCCGAUCAAGUCCAAUGGUUCUGGAAGGUCCUGAGUGAAUUCACGCAGGACAGGGAUGGUUAA